AUGGGACUGAGUAGCCACAUGGAAAGCCUCGAUCUGUGCGAUCAGAAUGAUAUCCAUAGGGACCAUAUCAACACCCAGGUCAUGGACAAACAUGCGCAAAACAUCAAGACAGACGAGCUGUCCGGAGGUAAGACGAAAAAGACUACAAAAGACAAGGCUAACAGGGCCACGGUGGAGAAUGUGCUUGACCCGCGGACCAUGCGAUUUUUGAAGGCUCUGACCACGCGUGGAGUGAUUUCUGAGUUCAACGGGUGUCUCAGUACCGGGAAAGAAGCUAACGUAUACCAUGCGUUUUCGGGAACGGGCCCCAAUGGCGAGACAGAGCGUCGCGAACUGGCUAUCAAAAUCUUCAAAACCUCGAUUUUGGUGUUCAAGGACCGUGAACGUUACGUGGACGGCGAAUUUCGGUUCAGAAACUCCAGGUCACAACACAACCCGCGCAAAAUGAUCAAAGUGUGGGCCGAGAAAGAGUUUCGCAAUCUUAAAAGAAUCUACCAAAGCAAAGUCGUCCCUACGCCAGAACCCGUGGAGGUGAGGUCGAACGUUUUGGUCAUGGAGUUCUUGAACAGAGGCGACGGAUUUGCGUCGCCACGCCUGAAAGAUUACCCUUUCAAGGAUGCUGCAGAAAUCUCAUCCUACUACUUCACCAUGGUGGCCUACAUGCGACUGCUGUACCAAAAAUGCCAGCUUGUGCAUGCAGACUUGUCGGAGUACAACGCGCUCAUCCACGAGAAUAAACUAUACAUCAUCGAUGUUUCUCAAAGCGUGCAGCCCGAGCAUCCAAUGAGUUUGGAUUUCCUCAGAAUGGAUAUCAAAAACGUCAACGGCUUCUUCGAACGCAUGUCCAUCGACAUCUUCUCCGAAAGGGUUAUAUUCCAAUUUGUUAUUUCUGAGACACUAGAGAAGUUUGCCGGGGAUUACAGUUCUUCCACUGAUCUUGUAGAGUACAUUGCGAAGAAUUUACCCGUUAAAAGCACACCUGAGGACGAGGCAGAAGAUGAGGUCUUCAGGUCAUUACAUCUGGUGAGAAAUCUAGGCGGUCUGGAAGAAAGAGACUUUGAUCGAUUUACCAUGGGCAAAUUCGAUCUCUUGAAGAGUCUUAUAGCAAAUGACAACAAGAAAAACGCAAAGAACUUUACGGCCUCGGAACAGUUUGAGCUUUCAUCUUCCAGUGAAGAUGAAGACGACUCUGACGACGGAAGUGGGAGCGAAAGCGAAAGCGACGGAGACGAUAGUAUUCGUGCUUCUGAUGAGGAUGAAGAUGAAGAAGGAUCGGAUAGCGACUAUGUCGAGAAAACCAAGGAUAAUAAGCAUAAAAAGCAUGAAGACAAGGAUAUGAAGAAGCAACGCAAGGACGAGGCUAAAGAUGCAAAACGCGAGAAGAGGAAAACCAAGGUGAAAAAGCACGUUAAAAAGAGACUAGUAAAAAAGACCAAGUCCAAGAAAUGA